GGGGCGCACCGCCCCUUCCGCCGUCGUCCCCGUGGGCCCGUCCCCAGCCCCGCCCGGUCGCACCGGUGGCACUCACCACCCGCUCGGACUCGGGACCCCCCGCCGCCGUCAUGAACAUCCGCAAUGCGAGGCCCGAGGACCUAAUGAACAUGCAGCACUGCAACCUUCUCUGCCUGCCCGAGAACUACCAGAUGAAGUAUUAUUUUUACCACGGGCUCUCCUGGCCCCAGCUCUCUUAUAUCGCGGAGGAUGAGAAUGGGAAGAUUGUGGGGUAUGUCCUGGCCAAAAUGGAAGAAGACCCAGAUGAUGUACCCCAUGGACACAUCACAUCGUUGGCUGUGAAGCGUUCACAUCGACGUCUUGGCCUGGCACAGAAGCUGAUGGACCAGGCUUCCCGAGCUAUGAUCGAGAACUUCAACGCCAAAUAUGUCUCACUGCAUGUCAGGAAGAGUAACCGGGCUGCCCUGCACCUCUAUUCCAACACCCUCAACUUUCAGAUCAGUGAAGUGGAACCCAAAUACUACGCAGAUGGGGAAGACGCUUAUGCCAUGAAGCGGGAUCUCACUCAGAUGGCAGAUGAGCUGAGGCGGCAGCUGGAGCUGAAGGAGAAGGGCAGGCACGUGGUACUGGGGCCCAUCGAGAACAAGGUGGAGGCUAAAGGCAAUUCACUUCCAAACUCGGGCGAGGCCUGCCGGGAGGAGAAGGGCCUGGCUGCUGAGGAUAGUGGUGGUGACAGCAAGGACCUCAGUGAGGUCAGUGAGACCACGGAGAGCACCGAUGUCAAGGACAGCUCAGAGGCCUCUGACUCGGCCUCCUAGAGCCUGCCGCAGCACUUCUCCCUGCCCACUGUGCCUCCGCUCACCCUGGCCUGCCCUAGCCCAGCCCCACCUGAGUAGGUUUCCCAAUAAAGCUCACCCUGUGGCCUUGGGUAAUCUGUGUGUGUGUGCACAUUUGAGUGGGCAAGCCUUUCUUCCGCCCUUCUGUGUCUGCGUGGACAUGAACCGGACAGUCUUUUGGCCCAGACCAUCCUGCCAAGUCCAAGUAGAAGGGAAGAGUCUUUCCAGGGCUUCGGUGGUGGGCUCCCAGUGGCUUGCGCUUCUGCCCUGUUGGAUGGCCUUUAGACCCAGAGGAGGAAGACUGGAGUUCUGGGAGAGAUCCUUUCCAGCCCAGACUGCCUUGGUGGGCCUCAGCAUCCUCAUGAGUAUUUCAGGGUUGAACUGGAUGACACUAGUUCCCGGACUGACUGUUCUGAGGGGCAGGCCUGGGCCAGCCAGCACAAAGGUGUUUCUGCUACCCCUGGUCUCCUUUCUGGCCUCCGCUUGGGCCCUUACAGUGAGCGUCGGUAUUGCCCAGGGUCCCACCUUCAGCCUAUGCUCUCUGCUGCCAGCUCUCCAGUUCACAGCUCCGAGACGCUUAUGUCUAACUGCUCAUCUGCAGAUAACUACAGAUGUCCUAUCUGGGUAACGGCCCAGCCAUCUGCCAGGUUGCCCAGGCUUUGUCAACUACCCAUCCUUGACUUCUCCCUCUCUUGUCUCGUCGAAACGGUCACCAAGUCCUGCAUGUCCCACUACUGUAAUACCUCUUGACCGUACUCAUUAAAAAAAAAAAAAAAAGGACUCGUUUUUAGUAGUUUUAGACUUACAGAAUCCUGAACAGAUAGUACGUAAAAAGUUCCAUCUCCUCCACCCCUCAUCCCCACGGUUGCCCAGCUGUUAUCUUGCAUUCGUGUGGUGUACUUGUUAUAAUCGAUGAACCCUUUGAAACAUUACUAGCCACAGUCUACGGUUGACACCAGGGGUCACUCGGUGUGCUGCGUAAUGACGUGUCCACCGCUCUCAGGGGCUCACCCUAACUCUGGUGCUGCGCCUUUUGUCCCUGCCCUUCCCUCGGCC